AUGGCACCCUUCCUCACCACCAUUUCCACAUCCCAAUUCUUCUUCUUCUUCCUCACUCUCAUGACCUUCCUCCUCAACCUUUGCACCGGCGACUACGUCCUCUACAACGGCGAAGUCCUCAUGCCCGGCCAAAACCUCACCAACGGUCCCCACCACCUCUCUAUGCAACCCAAUUGCGACCUCGUCCUCCAUCAUUCCGGCAAGCUAGUCUGGACUACCAAUUCCACCUUCAACUCCUCCAGCAAUUACAACAAUGGAAGCUGCUACGCUGCUCUGAAGCAGAACGGCGAACUAGUCGUUCGUCGCGACGUCCACUAUAUUUUAUGGACAAGCGCCAAAAAGGCUAAGAAGGGCAAAUACGCUCUCGUCCUCGACUCCACGGGUCGACUCGGGAUCUACGGGUCACGUCGAUGGGUAAGCAACAACCCAAAGGAACACGGCCCGGGGACCCGACCUGGCCCAACAAAAGAUACAGAGUAUGUGCUGCAUUCCGGCAAGCGACUGUUGAUGGGGAAGCAGCUCAAGUACAGGGAGUAUGAGCUGAGCUUGAGCAAGAACUGUAAUUUGGUGAUAAAUAGUACGAGAAGUGGGAGGACAUUGUGGCAGACUAAUACGAAGGCUGCUACUUGUUUUUUGGAGUUGGAGAACAAUGGAGAGUUGAUGGUCAAGCAUGGAAGCCAGAGGAUUUGGAGCAGUAAUAGGAAAGGAGAUAAAGGGAGGUACAUCGCUGUGCUGCAAUUCGAUGGCCGGUUUGCAGUUUAUGGACCGAUAUUAUGGUUCAAUGCUAAGUUUGAUGAUUCAACUAAGAAUGAUUACCCGCCCAUUGACUUGAUUAAGGAGGAGAUAAUAACGUGGGAAAUGGAUUAG